UAUAAUACUACAGUACACAAUACACUACAGUACAUAUACCACCACCCCUUCUUUAAAGUGAGGCCAGCCCCCCUCUCUGUGUGUGUCUCUCUCUACUCCUGUUAUUUCAUUGGUAACAGUAGCAGUAGUAUCAGUUGCAGGCGCCGUUUCUUUUCCCCUCUCUCUCUCUAUCCUUGUUUCGUGGUGAUGGCAACUCCACUAGUCCUUUCUCUAUAAAACCUAGCCGUAUUAGCCUCUCUCUCUCUCUCUCCCUCUGCCGAAGUUCAAUAACGAAUUGAAGAUGUUGGAUUAUUCACAUCUUCCUCGGUGGCUUGAAGUCCUUCUGAGUGAGAAGUUCUUCAACGCCUGUGUAAUUCAUGAAGAGGCAAAGAAGAAUGAAAAAAACGUUUAUUGCUUGGACUGUUGCGAGAGUAUUUGCCCUCACUGCUUGUCUCCUCAUCGCUCUCACCGACUUUUACAGAUAAGAAGGUAUGUGUACCAUGAUGUUAUAAGGUUGGGUGAUGCUGAGAAAUUGAUGGACUGCGCUCUUGUUCAAUCUUACACCACAAACAGUGCUAAAGUGGUAUUUUUAAAUCAAAGGCCACAGACUCGGCCAUUCCGAGGCUCCGGCAACAUCUGCAUCACCUGCGACAGGGGUCUGCAACACCCAUACAUCUUCUGUUCUCUCUCCUGCAAGCUUCAACAUAUACUGAGAACUGCGGGUGGGCUCUCAAAGUAUAUCUUCGAGUGCAAGUACCUUACGUUGCCUGAACCGGGCUUGGACGACGGCCAAAUGACGCCAGACUCGGUUCUUGAACCGUCCGGGUCUUUCAGGACGUCCUCCGGGUCGAGCGGCAGCGGCACCACCGCCACCGCCGGCGGUGGAAUCGAUUGCAGGACUGUUGCUUGCACCGCCACAACGGAGAUUGUGAGGAAGAAGCGAAGCAGCUUGUCGGCUUUUCGGGCGGCGUGUCGGCCAAUAUAUUCGUCGGUGACGGAAAUCUCGGUGGCUAUGAUGAAUCGCCGGAAGGGUACGCCUCACCGCUCACCACUUUAUUAAUUUGUGUACGGAAGAGAGAAAGGAAGUGAGGAGGUUUGGGACAUAAAAACAUAUAUGGUAUUGAAUUGUAUUCCCAAGGUCUUUUUAGGGAUGAAAGAAUUUGAAACCCCCUCCUAAUUUUGUAGAGCACAGAGUGAAACACUCUCUCUUUCUUUUGUAGAUUUGUGUUGAAUUGCAAUGUUUUUAUUGUUUACAAAGUUAUAGUGUGACAAUAUACCCGUGUGAUUGUUUCCCUUUUAAUUUGUUUGGUGUUCUAGAGUAGGAGGGGUAUAAUUGAAUUGUUCUUUG